CUUUAGUUUCUACGUUUGAUCGUUAUUCUUAUUGUUUGACUCCUCCUUUUUUUUUUAACACUUACGAUCUACUAGAACUAUGUCUCUUUAUAACUUUAAAAAGAUCGAGCCGGUACCUACGUCUUCGGACUUCAUCGACAUUAUCUUGUCCAAGACUCAACGCAAAACUCCUACUGUGAUCCACAAGAACUACAAUAUUGGUCGUAUUCGUCAAUUCUAUAUGCGAAAGGUCAAGUUUACUCAAGAAAGUUUCGAAGAAAAAUUCAAGAAUAUUUUAGAUGAAUUCCCCAAACUUGAAGAUAUUCACCCCUUCUAUGCCGAUUUAAUGAACGUACUUUACGAUCGUGAUCAUUAUAAACUUGCUCUCGGACAAAUCAACACUGCUCGUCAUUUGAUUGAUCAAGUUGCCAAGGAUUAUGUUCGUUUAUUGAAGUUUGGUGAUUCCCUUUAUCGUUGCAAACAAUUGAAGAAGGCUGCUUUGGGAAGAAUGGCUACUAUUAUGAAACGUCAAAAAGAUAGUUUGGCUUACUUGGAACAAGUCCGUCAACAUUUGUCUCGUUUACCAUCCAUUGAUCCUAAUACUCGUACACUUUUAAUCUGUGGUUAUCCUAAUGUGGGCAAAUCUAGUUUUAUCAACAAAAUCACUCGUGCUGAUGUGGAUGUACAACCUUAUGCUUUCACCACCAAGUCUCUCUUUGUUGGUCAUAUGGAUUACAAGUAUAUGAGAUGGCAAGUGAUCGAUACCCCUGGUAUUCUAGAUCAUCCUUUGGAAGAACGCAACACCAUUGAAAUGCAAUCUAUUACUGCUAUGGCUCAUUUACGAUCAUGUAUCAUGUACUUUAUGGAUUUAUCUGAACAAUGUGGUUAUAGUGUUGAAGAUCAAGUCAAAUUAUUCCACAGUAUCAAACCUCUAUUUGCCAAUAAGCCUAUUGUACUAGUCAUUAACAAGAUUGAUCAAGUCAAACCUGAAGAUUUACCUGCUGAACAACGUGCCUGGAUCGAAGAAAUUGCCAAUGAUCAAAAUGCGACAGUUUUGACCAUGUCCUGUUAUAAUGAUACCGGUGUCAUGGAUGUUCGUAACAAUGCCUGUGAUCGUCUCUUAGCUGCUCGUGUGGAAAUGAAAUUAAAAUCAACCAAAAUCAACGAUAUUAUCAACAAGAUCCAUUUGGCUCAACCUGCUGCUCGUGAUAAUAUUAUUCGUAUGCCCAAUAUUCCUGAAGGUGCCAAGGAUAGAAUGAAAUACGAUGCCAAUGAUCCUAAUAGACCCAAGACUGAAAAAGAUUUGGAAGUUGAAAAUGGUGGUGCUGGUGUUUAUAAUGUUGAUCUCAAGAAGAAAUACCUCCUUGCUGAUGAUGAUUGGAAAUACGAUGUCAUUCCUGAAUUCAUGGAUGGUCACAACGUUGCUGACUUUAUCGAUCCUGAAAUUGAAGAAAAACUUGAAGCUUUGGAACGUGAAGAAGAACGUUUGGAACAAGAAGGUUUCUAUAAUGAAGAAGAAGAAAUGGUCGAUUCUGAUGAAGAAUUCCGCAAAUCUACAGCUGAUGCUAUUCGUGAACAAAAGAAACUCAUCCUUCAAGCUCAUCGUACAAAGAAUGCAAGAAAUUAUCCUACUUUACCCAAGAAGGUUACAAACAAGACUGUCACUGUGGAUGAUAUGGGUAGACAUUUGAGUAAGAUUGGUCUUGACGCUGAAGCCGCUGUAAGCCGAACAAAGGCAGCUGGACAAAAACGAUCAAGAAAUGACAUUAUCCCUGAUGAAGCUGUACGUGAAGCUGGAGCGGAUUCUCGUAGCGAAGUGGCUGAUGCUGAAGUCAAUGCACAAGGGUUCCGAAAUGUACGACAAAAGAUGGAAGCUGACAAGCAAAAGAAAUUGGUGCAAACUCAAUCCAACAAGAUGGGUAAACGUGGUGAAUCCGAUCGUGGUAUUCAAACCAAGAUGCCAAAACAUUUAUUCAGCAAGAAGACCUCUAUGGGUACUCGAGAUUGGCGAUAGAUUCUUUAUUGAUUUAUUUUUUCUUUCAUUGUACACUACUUUUUAUUCACCAUUAUUAUUAUUAUCAUCAUUUCCUCUCUUUUUCAUUUUUUUUUUUCAUAUUUUUUAUCCUUGUUAUAGUUUUAUUAUUUUAUUUUGCAUCUUUAUGGUUUUUAGAAUUCUUCUUUUACUAUCAUUACAUAUCAAUAAAGAAAACUACUACCACUUCUUUAGAAAUGACUUUACAACACAAUCUUUUUUUUUCUUUCCUUUUUUUCCUUUGCU